AUGGGCCGCGGCCCCCUGCAGCACGCGCGGCUCCCCAACUUCCAGCUGUUUGCGGCCGCCAUGUGCCUACCGGUCAUACCCCUGGAUGUUUUCAAGCUCAGCGGCGGCCGGCGCGCCGCCGCCGCCACCGCCGCGCCGGCAACCACGGCGCGGGCCUUCCUCUUUUCAUACUGCCUGAAGGUCGCCGCCGCGGUCUCGACGGUGGCGUUGACGUACGCCCCGCAGCUGCCCCGCCUGGCGGUAUACUGGCUGUAUGCCCUGACCCUCAGCAUGUCCGUGGGGGGCAUCUGGGACGCCUACUGCGCGCUGGCCAUCGCCGUGGCGCACUCUUUUGACGCGCCCUGGCUCAGCACCUCCUUUGCAGACUACUGGAGCAGGAGGUGGAACCUGACAAUCAGCUACAUGCUCAGGGUGCUGGUUUACGAGCCGGUAUUGGAGGGCCGCCUUGUCCCCAAGACCGCAGCGUCAGACGCCGACGCCCUGGGCAAUCUGCAGCCGGCCCCGCCGCGGGCCGCCGCUGCGGGCGUGCGACCCGCCCGCCCGCGCAACGGCGGCGCCGAGGCGCCCGCGGGGUGCGAAGAGGGCGCCUUGAGCGGCGUCCCGGCCGCGGUGGGGGCUGCGCCCGCACCGGCGGCCAGCGGCGCGUGCGGCCGCGGCGAUUGCACGCCCAGCGGGCUGUCUGGCGAUUCCACUUACGGCCUGCUUGGCGGCGGCAGCAAGGGCGCGGCGUCCGACCCUGAUGCGAAGUCGCGCGGCUAUAGGGGCGCCGCCGUGGCGGCGGCAAGCGCGGCGGGAGGGGACGGCGACGACGGCGCAGUGCGCGGUGCGGAGCUGACCGCCUGCGUUGGGGCGGCCCUCCGCCACCGCACUGCUGCCGCCGCGGCGCGCCACGAGCUUGCCGGCGGCGACGGCCGCGGCGCCACGCGCGCCCCAGCCCCCGCCAAGCCCGGGCGCGCGGCGCGGCUGCUGCUCCGCCGCGCGGCGGCGCUGCAGGCAACCUUUCUGUUCAGCGGCCUGUGGCACAUGCUGAUCUGGCGCAACCACCACGUGCCUGGGCACGGCUGGAGGUGGCUGGCUUUCUUCUCAGCGCAGGCGCCGGUCAUUGUGGCGGAGGCCGGGCUGCGGGCGCUGUGGCUGCGGCGCUGGCGGCUGCCGCCGCCGCCGCGGUGGGCGAGCGUGCUGCUGACCAACUUCCUCCUCAUCGUCAUCGCGGAUCCGCUGUUCUUUGGGCCCUGUGACUCGUCUGGCAUGUGCCCGCGCAUGAUGGAGUCGAUCAAGGGGAGCUGA